UCUUUAUUGAUUUAUGUUAUGAAUGCUUGAUGGUGAUAUCCUUAUUCAAUUUCUAAUAAGUACCACACACACGCGCGCCUUUCCAGUGCGCUCACAAGGCCAGAGAAGCAGAAUCAGUCUAUGUAUGGCUUGUUGUAUAUUUCCGUGUAGUAGCAAUAUGACCAACGCGAGAGCAAUAUUUCCUUCUCUUCCACUUGUCUUUGUGGUGUAAUUUGUCACCAUAAAAGUGACGGAGGGGAAUCGCGGCUCUUGGAGAGCUGCCUUUCUCGCUUUUUUUGUUUUGUUUUGUUUUGGUUUUUUUAAACUACUUUCUGCGAAAGCCAUCUGCUUGGAGCCACUACAGCCUGCUGCAAAGAGGGUUUUACGUUUUAUUUUAUUAAAAUUUUACCCCCAACCCCCGACCUUUCCCAUGUAGCUUUUUGCUCUUAUAACGCUCGACCUUUUAACCCUCUCCUCGGGCCAAAUGGUGAAGAAAAAAAAAAGGACCAAAUCAGCGUUUUAGCGUAGAACAAUGAAGUAAAUAAUUACACAAAGUGGUAGCAGUUUCUUUGUGAAAGAAAAAGGCGAAGUUAGCUUAAAAAAAUCCUAAAGUGUGAUUUUUUUUUUCGCCCACUCAAGACUCCCACGCCGUCCUUGCGUGCGCUCUCUCUACGUUUCUAAUUGUGUCACCGAAAUGCUUCUGUCCCACAGCCUGAAAACCAGCGGAGAAGCUUUAGCUGCUGGCCGUGUUUACAGCUGAGAGGGGAGUCAUAAAUCUAAUUCUAUCAAGUCUUUCAUUCUGGCUGCAAACAUUACCAUGCAGAGGGAUUCCCCGGCUCCCUUCUUCUCCUCUGCUCCACGCUGCGUGUCCUCCCGCUUUGGCCUUUUUGGUGUUGAAACCUCUGCCCAUUUUUCAUCCCCGUGCUCGAACUGCUGUGGGUUUCUUUUUUUUUCCUUUAAUGUUUAGGAGCUUUGGUCUGAACGUGCACUGACUGCCCUGCAGCUUUCCUUCAUAUUUAGCGGGUUCACGUUGAAAUGAAAACGAACUGUACGUCCUUGCGCUAAAACAGCAAAUUCUGAGAGAGAAAAAAGAGAAGAAGAAAAGUAGGUUAAUGAUUAAGGAGCCUAUAGAAGCGCUUUUAUCUCCUAUGAAAAUGGAAAGGCAGCUCUCGGUAUCCCUUUGUUAUUCCGAAAAUCUCCUUGUAUUCAUAACUUCUAUCUAGAACGCGGGGUAAAUGAUAAGAAAAUGACCUAAAACACCUUUUGGGACAGCGCAUUAGUAACGAGACAUUAUUAACGUUAUUAUUUUCUAGACGGACUACCUCAUUUGGGAUGUUGGGGGAGGAGGAGGAGAGGCAACUACUUGAUUUGGACUGGCUUUCCAAGGCGCUUGCUUCAUUUGCAUAAUUUUUCUUGUCUACGGUGACGCUCUGGUUCGGGGCAGUUCACUGGUGUCUGCAUGGUAACUGCUGAAGGAUCUCAUAGUCAAGCAUAGCCUUGGCUGACGUUAAUAUUGCCAUGAAGCCCUGUCCAUUACCCUGCAAGCAUGGGAGCAGAUAACUCUUCUUAUCGCGCUGACCCGACUGCUCACGCCUGCUUUCGCAAUCUCGGCGAGUAAGGAGAGAAAAGGAAAGGGGGUCUUCUCUUGGCUCUUCCCUUUUCUUUUUUUUUUUCUUUUUUUCCUCCUGUGUGUUGUGCCUGCUAAUGCCUGCCUGCAUGGCAGGGCGCAGUCUGCCGCUGCUCCUUCAACCCAGUCAGCCCCGCUGCCUUUAAAAACUUUUUUUCCUGCCCCCUCUUCCUCUGGAUUACUGCCUUUGAUCGAUUUCGUCGCUGAAUGAGAAAAUAUUGCCCGCCGCUCUGCAUUCAUCGUGAGAGGACAAGGUUCACCCGAGGAGGCCAUUGGCGGAGAGGCGUCACGUGACCACGGGGUGCCAAUGUUAUUCUACGAGGGUGUCAAGACCCUGUCAGUUUCUGAAAUAAAUAUUGGGAAACGGCGAGAUGCAAAAGGCGACCUACUACGACAGCUCCGCAAUUUACAGUGGCUACCCGUAUCAAAGCGCAAAUGGCUUCGGUUAUGAUGCCAAUCAGGUCCAAUAUCCCAGGGCCUCUCAUGUGGAAAGCGAGUACCAUCGACCCGCCUGCUCCCUGCAGUCUCCCGGCGGCGGCUCCGUUGCUCUGCAGAAGCCAGGGGAGAUGGUGGCGGAGGGCUGCGACAGGGCCAUUCAGGCGGCGCAGGCCAAGGUUCUGCCCGAAAGCAAUCAUCAAGCGCCGGUGCCGGUGUCAGGCCCACCGCCUCCCCCCUCGCAGUCUCCCGGCGGAGUCAGUCAAGACGCGAGCAAUGGCUCCGGCCAGCCCGGUGCAGCCAAGACCGGCUCCCCGACCUCCGGUACCCGCAACAAACAGAUCUUCCCCUGGAUGAAAGAGUCCCGUCAGAACACCAAGCAGAAACCCUCCAGUAGCUCCAGUUCAGUGGAGAGUUGCCCAGGAGACAAGAGUCCUCCGGGGUCAGCGGCAUCAAAGAGGGCCCGGACAGCUUACACCAGCGCGCAGCUCGUGGAGCUGGAGAAGGAGUUCCACUUCAACCGGUACCUGUGCAGGCCCAGGAGGGUGGAGAUGGCCAACCUGCUUAACCUCACGGAGAGACAGAUCAAAAUCUGGUUCCAAAACCGACGGAUGAAGUACAAAAAGGAUCAGAAGGGCGUCGGGAUGAUGCCGUCUCCGGGCGGACAGUCUCCCCGGAGCCCAGCAGGCCCACCGUCCGGUGGGGGCGGCGGUGGAGGGAGCGGAUACCUCAACUCUAUGCAUUCUCUCGUUAACAGUGUACCGUACGAGUCCCAGUCUCCAACCUCUUACAAUAAAACUCAUCAAAAUGCGUACGGUAUGGCUACGUCAUAUCCCCCUCCUCUGAGCAACUCCCUCAACAGCUGCCCACACCCCCAGAAGAGGUACCCUGGGACGGACUCGGCCACGCCCGAGUAUGACGCGCACCACCCCCUGCACGGCAACGGCAACUAUGGCACGCACAUGCAGGGCAGCCCUGUCUACGUCGGCGGAGGCUACAUCGACUCUGUGCCCAGCUCCGGGGCCUCAGUUUUCGGUCUCACCCACCUCCCGCACCCGCCUCCUCCGUCCGCGAGCAUGGAGUACAACGGGGCGAUUACGAUGGGCAACAGCGGCGGUCAGCAUCACGGCGUGUGUGAUGCGACGCCGACGUACACGGACCUAACGCCGCACUACUCUCAGGGAAGAAUCCAGGAAGCGCCCAAACUGACGCAUCUGUAGCAUGCGGCGCGAGCCUGGAUCACUCCGCCCCAUUGUCUCAUCCAAGCUCCAGACAUAUCCCCCCUGCUUUGUUUCUGCGCCUCCUCAUGGCUCCCACCUUCUCCUUCUGCCUUUUAUUGUUUGUUUGUUUGUGUUCUCUAUAGUUUCAUGUGUGAAGUAGCGUAGGACAAAUAAUCACGACUUGCUUGAAUUUUCCUCUAUUUGCUUGUGUCAUUGUCUCACCAAGACCAAGACCUUUAUGUACCAUAGAGUGUCUAUAGAGCCGAACGGAGGGAAGGAAGAAGGGCAUAGCAUAUCCAUAGGAUUAUUUAAUCGUUUCCCUUUUUUUAAACGUCUUUUUAAAAUCUCAAACAGGGUAUUAUGAACACAUGUUAUUCAUUUUCAAUGUGAAACUGUCCGUCUUUAUUUAUCCGCAAUUGAAGAAUGAUGUUUUUUUUUUUUUUUUUUUUGCAUUCUGUUGCACUUGUGUACAAAAAGAACCUUAAGAGCCAGGAGCUGGGAAUGUGAGGAGAUUACAUUUAAAACAAAGGGUCAUGAACUUGCACAGCCUCCCCUUUUGCUUCUGUUUUGUUCCAUUGGACUUUUUAAAUGUUAUUUAUUCAGACUCCAAUAGUAUUAUUUGACGCCCCUCCAUCUCUGUCUGCAAGGGGAGAAGGUUGGUGGAGAAACUAGCGCCAUGUUCGGCCCAUAUAUGCAGCCAUGUCACUUAGAUUGCAGGUUUUCCAAUUUGUUUCUUUCUUAGUAUUAUUGUUAUUAUUAUUAUUAUUAUUAUUAUUAUUCGAGGAGGUGUUUCAAUUUUGUCAGCGAAUGAAAAAGAAACCAAUCAGUCAUGCAAUAAGGGUGGAAAGAAGGACACACGUUUGCAGUUUCUUUAUUGAAUAAAAGGCAAAACACAUCA